UUUUAUUUAGUUUGUCCUUGAGUCCUGGUUUGCGCAGCACCUGGGUGCAGCCCACAGCCCUGGGGAGCAGUUCAGCUCUGUCAUCUGGACCAUGAGGAUCUGGUGGCUCCUCCUUGCCACUGGAGUCUUCACAGGGAACGUGAACUCACAGGACACGUGCAGGCAAGGGCACCCUGGUGUCCCUGGGAAUCCCGGUCACAAUGGUUUGCCUGGAAGAGAUGGACGAGAUGGAGCAAAGGGUGACAAAGGGGAUGCAGGAGAACCAGGACAUCCUGGUGGUCCAGGGAAGGAUGGCAUGCGCGGACAGAAAGGAGAACAAGGAGAAGAUGGAAGAGUUGAAGCAAAAGGCAUCAAAGGAGAUCCAGGCUCCAGAGGACCCCCAGGGAAACAUGGGCCAAAGGGAUUUGUUGGCCCCAUGGGGGAGAAAGGCCUCCGAGGAGAGACUGGUCCUCAAGGGCAAAAGGGGGAGAAAGGUGAUGUGGGUCCCAUUGGUCCAGCAGGGCUAAAGGGCAGCAGUGGACCUGUGGGCCCAACUGGUUUGCAGGGCCCCAUAGGCCCCCUUGGAAAGCCUGGUCCCAAGGGAGAUGCUGGGCCCUUGGGACCUCAAGGUGAGCCAGGAGCCCGGGGAAUGAGAGGCUGGAAAGGGGAUCGAGGGGAAAAAGGGAAAAUUGGUGAGACUCCAGUCUUGCCAAAAAGUGCUUUCACUGUGGGGCUCACUGUGCUGAGCAAGUUUCCUUCUUCAGACGUACCCAUUAAAUUUGACAAGAUCUUGUAUAAUGAAUUCAACCAUUAUGAUAUAGCUACGGGAAAAUUUACUUGCCACAUUGCCGGCGUGUAUUACUUCACCUACCACAUCACUGUGUUCUCCAGGAAUGUGCAGGUAUCUUUGGUCAAAAAUGGGGUAAAAAUACUGCACACGAAGGACAGUUACAUGAGCUCUGAGGACCAGGCCUCUGGCGGCAUUGUGCUGCCGCUGAAGCUGGGGGACGAGGUGUGGCUGCAGGUGUCCGGAGGGGAGAGGUUUAACGGCCUGUUUGCGGAUGAGGAUGAUGAUACAACUUUCACAGGCUUCCUUUUGUUCAGCAGCUAAUGAUGGGGAGUGUUUAUAAAUCCACCUUGCCAUCCAUCAGAGUUAGCUCCGUGAA